UUGAACCUUGGGUAUCAAAAAAAAAACCCAGCAAAGUUCGAAACGAAACGUCACCGAAAAACGUCACCAUCGACUUUGAUUGGUUGAAUGUGUUUAUUCGUUCCGGGAAACCGACAAUGGCAAACUGUCGCAGGUCGAUUAAAAGCCAUGCCAUGACCUCCAACGCUCAACAGAAAGCCUUCAUUCAAGAUUACAGCAAAAGUCAUGCCUCCUGUUGUGAAAAUGAAGACGAUAUUGAAAAGCAUAUCAUUGAAAACCAUCUCACUGAUAUCUUUGACGUGAUUGUCAAGCCAGCUUUUGCACAGCAAACGCAUCACGCGUUAAUCAAGCGACCCAAGGGACGAUACACCGAUCCUGUUAAAGACAGUGAAAUACCCAUGGAGCAAAAGUGGAAACAUUCCAAGAAUGGUUACUGUGCAGCGGAUAUUGUUGAAUGGUGUAUGUUAGCAGUACCUAGCAACACGGCAAAUGAUUUGUUCCGAAAAGUAGCCCCCAUCAUUCUGAUUAUUCUUGAUGACUAUGAUCUGGAGUUUAAGCGGCAAGGCGUCAAGAUCUUCCAUUGUGUCCUGAAAAAUGUCGAUGCGGCGCAAUUGGUGAACUCUGGCUUAGAUCAAGUUUUUUUCCAGGCCUUAAUACAAUGUCUACCGCAUGUCACCGAUGAACGAGGGGUGGAGCUUAUCCGUGUGGCGUAUCCUUGUGUUAUGGAUCUCGUGUCAUUAACGCGAGCAGAGAAAAGCAAGGAGCGGUUGACCAUGUUCGAGAAAAUUAUGACGGAGGGUAUCAUUGUGGGUUUGAUGUAUGCUGGUCAUAAAAUCAAAGUUUUGCCCAUUCUUCUGCAACCCAUUGCAAGAUUGUAUAAAGAAUUACGGGCGAUCGGAGUCCGCUAUCUCAAGAUCACUUUGCUUGCCAUAGGAGACGCUCUCAUGAUCCACCCAAACCAGAAUUUUGCGUCUGAAAAACUGGAUGAGGACAUUGUUCGCCUCCAUGAAUCGGCUAUUGCAGCGCUUGCAGAAGUGAUUCGACAAUGCUGGCCACGAAUACUUCACUAUCGCGGAUCCAUUCUCAAAGCCUUAGCAAAUGCAUGGCUUAAUUACUACGAUUCCCAAGAUGAAAAUGCAGCAACUAUACGUGAUGGACUGAAAACUACCUAUCAGCUUUUUGCUCUAGCUUGCGAAGGGAAACAAAAGGUACGUCAUCAAUAUUUAUCCUUUUUAAAUGGUGUUUGAAGAAUAACAAACUUGGUAGCCUGACGUGCAAUAUCUCAUGAAACUGAACGCACGUGCAUUUUCUUCUCUAUCUGAAUAACGCUUUACUACGCAUUCCACACCUGUAAAUAUCGUCAAUAAUUAACCUCACAUUCAAGCCAACAUGUGCUGCAUCAUCAGCUGUCGCAAGUGGGCAUAUUUGAUCAACAUCACCAAUAGUGCGCAUUCUUGUACCAUUCAUCAUGUAGGCUACUCUCUGCCCUGGCUCUGCAUUUAGAAAGGUGAUUGGCCCGUUUUUCCCUUCUUCCCCUCCUCAACUAUAAGCUUUGCCACAAGGUCUCGCAAUCAUCUCCAAUUCCAAUGAACAGAAUAUCACAUGUUCAGGGGGGGGGG